GGAACACGCAUUGUGCUUAACGUCGCCGGCAAGAACUUCUGCAGAUACUUACAAACAAAUUUGUACAAACUUCAUCAUUUGAAUGAAACCUUGGAAAAGACUUUGUAACUAAAUAAAUUCAUCAUUUCGACAAGUCAGAACUCUUUCUCUUUGUUUAUCAGAAUUAUCUAACAAAAUGACCCUUAUUACAGAAAGAUAGUAACAUAUAAAUAGGGCCACUUUCUUCUCUACUGUAUCUCAUUCAUUCAUAUUCAUCUGUACCAGAAAAAAACACCAAAAUAUGGUGAACCCAAUUCGGAUUUCUUUUUCAUUUCACUUUAUUCUUACUCUGUUCUUCCUGUCAGCCCAUCAAAUCUCAGCCGUUGAUUACCCGAUCAACGUCUGGCCUAAGCCCAGAACAUUCUCCUGGGCACACCCUCAAGCUUCCUUAAUUUCUCCAAACUUUAGCAUCAUCAUCAACCCAUCAUCAUCGUCAUCAUCCAACCCGUUUCUAAUCCGGGCUGUCAAACGUUACCAUACCCAAAUCCUCAGUGAAAAAUACAACCCGCUAGUGACGCCGCUACUUAAUUUGACGUCUACAACCCAACUCCAAACUCUCACGGUAAACGUUGUCGACCCGGCUGCGCCGUUAAGUCACGGCGUCAAUGAGUCCUACAGUUUGUCGAUUCCGACCUCGGAGGAAUCAACGGCGGCCACCUUGACGGCGGGGACCGUAUGGGGAGCGAUGCGGGGUUUGGAGACGUUUUCUCAGUUAGUUUACGGGAACCCGCCAAAAAUUGCUUCUGGGCUGUUCGUCUCCGACGCUCCCCUGUAUCCACACAGAGGAUUGAUGCUUGAUACUUCGAGGAAUUAUUAUCCGGUGCAUGAUUUGUGUAGGUUGAUUAAGGCGUUGAGUAUGAAUAAGCUGAAUGUCUUCCAUUGGCACAUAACGGAUUCGCACUCUUUCCCGCUGGUGGUGCCGUCGGAACCGGAGCUCGCCGGAAAAGGAGCUUACGGGGAGGAUAUGAAGUACUCGCCGGAGGACGUUAAAAAUGUGGUUAAGUUCGGGAUGGAACACGGAGUUAGAGUCUUGCCUGAGAUUGAUAUGCCCGCACACACCGGAUCAUGGGUAUAUGCAUAUCCUGAUAUAGUCACUUGUGCAAACAUGUUUUGGUGGCCUGCCGGAGCAGAUUGGCCUGACCGGCUUGCAGCAGAACCAGGAACUGGUCAUCUGAAUCCCUUAAGCCCAAAUACCUACAAAGUUGUAAAAAAUGUCAUUCAUGAUGUUUUAUCCAUGUUCCCAGAUUCCUUCUAUCAUGCAGGAGCUGAUGAAAUCACUCCUAAUUGUUGGAAAUCUGACCCUGCUAUUCAAGCUUACGUUGCAAAGAAUGGAACACUUAGCCAACUUCUUGAAAUCUUUGUCAAUUCUACCUUGCCUUACAUACUUUCCCAAAAUCGUACUGUGGUUUACUGGGAAGAUCUUCUUCUGGAUGGGAAUGUUAAUGUAUCUGCUUCAUUGCUACCUAAAGAGAAUGUCAUUUUACAGACAUGGAACAAUGGACCAAUCAACACUAAAAAGAUUGUCGAUGCUGGUUACAGAGUUAUUGUAUCAUCAUCGGAUUUCUACUACUUAGAUUGUGGCCAUGGAGAUUUUCUUGGAAACGAUAGCCAAUAUGAUUUGCCACCAGGUACUAACCAAGGUAAUGGAGGUUCAUGGUGUGGACCAUUUAAGACAUGGCAAAUCAUUUAUAACUAUGAUAUUGCAUAUGGAUUGAACGAGCAAGACGCUGAGUUGGUUAUAGGAGGAGAAGUUGCACUGUGGUCUGAACAAGCAGAUUCAACAGUGAUGGAUUCCCGAAUUUGGCCGCGAACUUCUGCGUUGGCCGAAUCGCUGUGGUCUGGAAACAGGGAUGAGACAGGAAAGAAGAGAUAUGCAGAGGCCACAGAUAGGUUGAAUGAAUGGAGGAACAGAAUGGUGAAGAGAGGAAUACGAGCUGAACCUAUUCAACCUCUCUGGUGCAUUCGAAAUCCAGGCAUGUGCAACACAGUUCAUCCUUUCGUAGUUGAUGAUUCUUGUCCAAAUCCCAAAAUCUGAUCCCUUUUUGCAAAGAGCUUUAUACCUGUUCAUGUUUUAAAUUUCAGUAUGUAUCUUGCUAACAUGCAAUCAUCCGGAAAAGAAAAACAUUUCCUCUUCUUAGUGAAAUACUUGUUAAAUACUUCCUCCAUUUCAAAAUGUAAGUCACUUUAGACUUGGCAUGUAAAAUAAGGAGACAAUCAUACAACAAUUAAUUUAUGUGUUAAAUAUUAUACAACAACUUCUCAGUGGACAAGAAUCAUCAACAAUUAAUUUAGUUUUACCCCUCAUUUAUUACAUUGGAACUAUAAACAAGACUAUAUGAAAAUAGAUUAGCAUUAUUUAUUGAGGA